UUUAAAAGUUAAAUCACGGUUAAAGUAGGGUUUAAAUGAUAACUGUCGGAAGUAAAAUGAGCGACUCCCCCGUUUUCGCAGAAUGGUUUGGUCCAUUCUAUGGAAUAUCUCAUCCUUCACGGUGGCUCAGAAUCGUUCCUUCAACUGACAACAUGGCGAGUGUCCGUGCUGCUUCCCGUCUACUCUCCAAGAGGAUAUUAUCUAAAACAACAGCUGUCCCUGCUGCUGCAGUUCAGGGAUCCAGAGACUUUCACUUCUCCAUCUAUGGCAAGAAUACAAGUGCCAAAGUAUCCGAUGAUAUUUCUACUCAGUACCCAGUAGUAGAUCAUGAGUUUGAUGCUGUGGUGGUAGGAGCUGGAGGAGCAGGGCUGAGGGCAGCCUUCGGCCUGUCUGAGGCUGGCUUCAACACUGCCUGCGUCACCAAGCUCUUCCCCACCAGGUCUCACACUGUUGCUGCACAGGGCGGGAUUAAUGCAGCUCUGGGAAACAUGGAGGAGGAUGACUGGAGGUGGCAUUUUUACGACACAGUGAAAGGAUCUGAUUGGUUGGGCGACCAGGAUGCUAUCCAUUACAUGACAGAGCAGGCUCCUGCAGCCGUAGUGGAGCUGGAGAACUUUGGCAUGCCCUUCAGCCGUACUGAAGAGGGCAAGAUCUACCAGAGGGCCUUUGGAGGUCAGAGUCUCAAGUAUGGAAAAGGAGGCCAGGCCCAUCGCUGCUGCUGUGUAGCAGACAGGACAGGACACUCACUGCUGCAUACACUUUACGGACGGUCCCUUCGUUACGACACCAGUUACUUUGUAGAGUACUUUGCCCUGGACCUGCUGAUGGAAAAUGGAGAGUGUAAAGGAGUGAUCGCUCUCUGCAUGGAGGACGGAUCUAUUCACCGCUUCAGGGCCAAGAAUACUGUCAUUGCUACUGGGGGUUAUGGAAGAACCUAUUUCAGCUGCACAUCUGCCCACACUAGUACCGGUGAUGGAAAUGCAAUGGUGACCAGAGCUGGCCUGCCCUGCCAGGAUUUGGAGUUUGUACAGUUCCAUCCUACUGGGAUCUACGGAGCCGGUUGUCUGAUCACAGAGGGUUGCCGUGGAGAGGGAGGCAUCCUGAUCAACAGUGAGGGAGAGCGCUUCAUGGAGCGCUACGCACCCAACGCCAAGGACCUGGCCUCCAGAGACGUGGUGUCCCGCUCCAUGACCAUCGAGAUCAGAGAGGGCAGGGGUGUUGGUCCAGAGAAGGACCACGUGUACCUGCAGCUCAACCACCUGCCCCCCCAGCAGCUGGCCACACGGCUGCCUGGUAUCUCAGAGACGGCCAUGAUCUUCGCUGGAGUCGACGUCACUAAAGAUCCCAUCCCUGUUCUACCCACCGUCCAUUACAAUAUGGGUGGAAUCCCCACCAACUACAAGGGACAGGUGAUCACUUAUACUGAAGGAUCCGACAAGGUGGUUCCUGGCCUGUAUGCGUGCGGCGAGUCGGCGUGUGCCAGUGUCCAUGGAGCCAACCGGCUGGGUGCUAACUCUCUGCUGGAUCUGGUGGUGUUUGGAAGAGCCUGCGCCCUCACCAUCGCCGAGGAGAACAAGCCAGGAGAGAAACUGUCCCCUCUGGCGCCCAGUGCAGGAGAGGAGUCUGUGGCCAACCUGGACAAGCUGAGGUACGCCAACGGAAGCCUGAGAACCUCCGAGAUCAGGCUCAACAUGCAGAAGACUAUGCAGGCCCACGCUGCCGUGUUCCGUACCGGCUCCGUUCUGAAGGAGGGAUGCGAAAAGAUGGAUGCCGUUUACCAGACCUUGGCUGACAUCAAGACCUUUGACAGAGGCAUCGUGUGGAACACAGACCUGGUGGAAAGUUUGGAGCUGCAGAACCUGAUGCUGAACGGCAUCCAGACCAUCAACUCUGCCGAGCAGAGGAAGGAGAGCAGGGGAGCCCACGCCAGGGAGGACUUCAAGGAUCGUCUCGAUGAGUAUGACUACUCCAAGCCCCUGACGGGUCAGGUGAAGAAGACCUUCGAACAGCACUGGAGGAAACACACUAUGUCCACAGUCGACGUAAAGACUGGAACGGUGAGCCUGGAGUACCGCCCUGUCAUCGACACCCCUCUGGAUGAGCAGGAAUGUGCCCACGUCCCUCCUGCCAUCCGCUCCUACUAAGAAGAUUCCCUUGCCCACGCUCUACUCUCCUCACACAUUCAAUACACUCAUUGGCCUGCUAUUUAUCAACUUACUCUCCCUGUAAAAGAGAGGACAUUUUGGGACGUUCAUUUAAAUCGCACAUGUGUAUCCCUUCUCGAAUUGUAAAAUACAAAAAAAAUCCCUUCGUCUCACCUUCUUGUUCCUCUGUGGUUUGCCUUGAUUUAACCUGCAUGCAGCCAAUAUGAUUUCAACAUUGUGACCUCUGUGUGAGCUGGAUAUUGUUGUAUAUAUUACCAGGCAACAAAAAACAUAAAAAAUAGUUAUGUGUUGCACCACUUAAGCUUUGCUUUCUGUGAUGACACCAUACGCUCAUAUUAAAACUUUGCAAUGCUUUCUUUGAUUACAUUUUUUCUUUUUUCGCUUUCUGAACAGAACAGAUUUGAAAUGCACAUGUUGCCGACAAGCAGCAAAGGGAACUUUUAAGUAUGUAAAUAUUGCAUAAAUGCACAAUAAAUACGUGUUAUACUGUAUUUUCUUUGUCGAGUAGGCUAUGAGGUAGUAUUUUCUUGCUCAUUAUGGCCUUCAGUGUUGGGUGCUUUCUGUGACACUUCAUGUGUGGUUCAAAUGAUAAAGAACAUCUCAUGCUACGUACAGUAGAUCAACUGCUGACUGUCUGUAAGCUUCAAUCAUCUAGUUAUUAAAAGGUUAACCAAAUCAAGCAGUUCUGUGUGUAUGUAUUCAGCCACAAUGUGUUGAAACAAUGGCUUCUUUCUACUAAGUGGGAUUGCUGUAUGCCCUCUGAAAACUUGAUAAAUUCCAGGAAGAGUCAGUGUUGUGUGCAAAGCUUUUAGGGUGCUGAUAAGCAAUUAAACACUGAGCGCCAGCUCUGAGUGCAUCAUGAGCGGUGAGAGAGGUUUCCAUUCCAAAACAAAACUGUUUGUGAAAGAACCUCACACUUUUCCUGCUUUGCCAGAAUGGCUUUUAAAAAUGUAGCCUACUCACUUGACGUACUACACAGAUUCCCAAUCAUUGCUUCUUGUUCUAAAUCAUUGAAAGGAUUACUUAAUUUAUUUGCUAUAAGUUCAUUUGUUCUCCUCUUACUACCAUUUGUACUUAUUUUUACAUGUUCAAUAAAGUGCAGACAUAGAAACAA